CUGAUAAGAGGGAGGCCCAUCCCUGCGACAGGCAGUUCUGUUUUUGUCUCCGGCAGCUCCGUGGCUUCCUUCUCCCGCUCCUGCGAGUCAUGAAGCUGCUUUUCCUGGUCCUUCUCAUUCUACUGGCCAAGGAGCCAACCACAUCAGGGGAAUGUUGGGCGCAUGGACACUGCCGGUUGGUGUGCAGAGAUGGUGAGGAGCCCAUUGUCCGCUGCCACAAUCGUAAACGGUGCUGUGUCCCUAGUCGCUACCUAACCAUCCAACCAGCAACCAUUGAUGGACAACUCGACUGGACCACUCCUCAAGUGUUGAGAACAAGCGAAAAAGUCCACAAACACAAAAACCGUGGCUAGAAAUGAUCUCGCUGCAGCAGGCAGACGUAAAGCCAUUCGAUGCAUGGGCAGCAGUGGGUUCUGUAGAACCACUUGCAAAAAAAAUGAGCAGCCUUACUUCUACUGCAGAAAUUACCAGUCCUGCUGCCUCCAGCCCUACGUGCGGAUAAGCAUUUCCGGUCCAAAUGAAAACAACGAGUGGUCGUACGAGAAGCAGUGGCCAAACAUGCCUUGAGUGCUGGUGGUCACCAUCCAAUUCUCUGGGAGCCCAAAUGUGCUGUCAACUUCCUCAUUAAAGUUGGUGCACCUGCCA